AUGCUUCGGUUAAAUACAGUGUUACGGUGUAUUCCAGCGAGCAGCUUUUUACUGUCUGCAGCAUCUGUUGCCACUGAACCGAUGAAAAUUGACAAAGCUGCUCUCAAACAGCUAAGGAGUCGUACUGGCUUCAGCUACGUGAAUUGUCGAAAAGCGUUGUUGCAGUUUGGCAGUGAUCGGCUGGAUGAAGCGGAGAAAUGGAUGAGAGAAAUGGCAGUAAAAGAAGGGUGGGAUAAAGCUACAAAGUUAAAAUCGAGGCAAACCAAACAAGGGUUAGUGUCUGCUAUAUCAGAUGGUAAUAGAGCAGCAUUGGUAGAAGUUUACUGUGAGACAGAUUUCGUUGCUCGUGGCGAUCCUUUCAAAAGUUUGGUGGAGAAGGUGGCACACGCUGCCAUUAAAUCUGCAGAAACGUUUGACCCAUUGCCGGAAGAAAAAAUAUCCCUUAUUUAUAAAGAUUUUGACUCGUUGAACCUUGUGGAUGGUACUCCAGCUAAAGAUGCACUGCGGGGAACAAUUAACGAAGUUGGAGAAAAUAUUGUUGUACCUCCAGUUACCUUGGUCUUGUCGCAACCAGACGUUUCUCUUUGGAGUUAUGCCCAUCCACCGGGGGUCAUUGGAAAUGUUUACAUGGGGACGUUUGCAUCUGUAGUGGGUUUGGAAAAGGAACGCGAUGACAGUGUUCCUAUUGAUAAACUAGGCAGACAGCUAUGUCAGCAGAUAAUUGGCAUGAGAGCUGAAAAGGUAGGUCUGCCCCCAGAGCCAAAUGGCGACAAAUCCGACAGUGAAGAUAACGAAACAAAAGCUAAAUUAUCUGAAGACGAGGAAGAGGAAGUUACUCAUAUCGAUGAAAAAGAAACUUCCUUGCUCCGACAGUCGUUUAUGUUGGACCCUUCACAGACUGUUUUUGAUUAUAUUACUGGACAUGGUGUUAAAGUUGUUGACUUCUACAGAGUUGAAGUGGGUGAGAAAGCCAAUUCAAAAGCGGCAUAA